AUGUUCUGUGGCCUGUGUCGUAAACAUGGAGUGAAGUCGAAGGGAAACCAAGUGAGUUUUUUUUAUGGCACCAACAACUUCCGGACUGAAUUUCUCAACGCGCACCAUCUCAGCCAGGCUCACACCAAGGCUUCCCUCGUGGAAGUGACAAGAGGUUCCCCAGGGAGCAAAACCACCACGGAGCUGAUGGUGAUGACCAUGAGCAAGGUUACCCUCAGGAGGGUGGAGAACUUGUUCCCAUCCUGCCACGCCACCGCCAAGACCGGACGUCCCCUCAAUGAUUUUAUCUGGAUGUGCUCGUUAGAUGAUAUGAAGGGCCUUCACCUUCGACCUGUGAUACCUUCUCAACUAGGAGGCUGGAGGUGGCUUCAAGGAUUACAGGCCUCCCUCCAGAAUCUUCUCAAAGGAUCAAUUGUCCAGCAGCUGCAUUCGAAAAGGGAAGGCAGAAGUGACACCAAUCAUCAGAAAGCCAAAGACCUUGUAGAGUCCCUCCUGCAGGCAGACAUUGUUAAAUUUGUCCACUUCUUGCUGGGUGUCACUGAUGUCCUCAGCAUUCUGUCCCGCAUCAAUCAGAACAGAAACUCUUCAAUUGCUGAUAUAUUUGCCACCCUAGAGUCAACACUGGAAAUGCUCAGAAUAUAUCAGACAAGACCAGGGCCAAAAGAACGCCCAGUGGAUUCAGUCACACACUUUCAGGGUAACUGCCUCCUCGCAGGAAAGCGAAACAUUUCUGAUGUGAGAAACAUGGUUUUAACACAUCUUAUCAAGAGGCUGCGAGGCUGUUUCAGAGAUGUCAACCAAGAUGUGGUGAAGGCAGCCACGACUGGGAGCUUUAAACUGCGGCCAGCAAAGAUAAAUCAAGAAUUUGGAGAAAAAGAGGUGUCCAUCCUGAUUGCACAUUAUGAACCAGUAUUAGAAGCUGCCAAGGUGAAAAUUGACGAAGUAGACACAGAAAGGAGCAUGUUGAAAUUAGAGAUUUAUGCUAGAUUUCAGAACAUCCACACAUUGACCUGGGAUUCUGUGAAUUCUGUUUAGUUACACAAGUAUCCGAACAUCCUAACACUCGUGGACCUAGUGCUGAGCCUCCUUGCAAGUUCAGCUGAAGCAGAACGUGGCUUUAGUCAGAUGAAGGGCACUAAGUCACAAAUGCAUGCCAAGGUCAAGGCUGAUAGCAUAAUAGGAAACAAAGCAUUUGCUGACGUUCUGCUGGAUUUGGUAACCAUGAACCUUGGAACAAACAACUUUCCUAGUAGUUGGAUGAACCUCACUCAACCUGAAUUGCAGGAGUUAACAUCUUUAUUGGUAACAAACUCGGAGUUCGUGGACUGGCGGAAAUUCUUGUUAGUAGUCGCGCUGCCUUGGCCCAUUCCUCUGGAGGAGGAACUCUUGGAGACCCUGCAGAGGUUCCAGGCUGUGGAUGAGGAACACCUGGGCACAGUCACUUUCGAGCAGUAUAUGCAGGCUGGUCUGUGGUUUACGGGAGAUGAAGAUAUAAAAAUUCCAGAAAAUCCCCUUGAACUUCUGCCAUUCAAUAGGCAGGAGCAUCUUAUAGAGUUUUUCUUUAGAUUAUUUGCUGACUGUGAGAAGGAUCCACCUCAGCUUGACUACACACAGAUGCUGCUUUAUUUUGCUUGCCAUCCAGACAGUGUGGAAGGGGUCUACAGGGCCCUCAGUGUGGCCACUGGGACUCACGUCUUCCAGCCAAUUGAAAUGCCUCCUCUUGGUGCAGAAAAGACCUCCUCCUUUACUGAUAUGAGUCCCAUUGAGGAAUAUCCUGAACUUGAGGACAAUUUUAUAAGUGAAGAAAGGGAAUUACAAGAGGAAGGGGAGGAAAAGGAAGAAGAAAUCUCUGAAAAUGCGAACACGGAAAUGAUUUCCAUGGAAACACUACGCAAAGUGUUCCGAGGAGCAAUCGAAGCACAGGACGCUAACAGAUUUACCAGCCACCAAAAGACAGAGAACAUGUAUUCAGAGAACUUCAUAAAAGUAUUUCAGGACUUAGGUUCCAAGAAUCUGGAGCCAAUUGAAGUUGCUGUUCUUCUGAAGCAUCCUUUUAUUCAAGAUCUGAUUUCAAGUUAUCCAGACUAUAAAAUCCCUGAUGUUAAAAUAAUUCUCCAAAGGAGUGAGCAUGUACAAGGAAGUGAUGAAGAGAGGUCUCCUUCCAGACUCACAGAGGAAAAGAAAUGA